AUGGCGUUUGACGAUUAUAACACCGUCAUCCGGUCCAAGGUCAGCGGCGCACGCAACUUUCACGACGAGUUCCAUGAUGACAAGCUGGACUUUUUUAUCCCGCUCUCAUCCGUAGGUAUUGUUGGAAACAGGGGCCAGGCUGCAUACUCGGCGGCGGAAACCUUUCUUGAUGCUUUGGCUCAUCAUCGCUGGCAAAAUGGGCAGGCUGCCUUGUCCCUGAAUCUCGCAGCUGUUGACGACGUCGGAUAUCUAGCCAGCAAUUUGGCCAAAGAAUCCGAGGAAAUGAAGACUAUAUAUGGUAGCUCAAUGACCGAGGCGGAGGUGCUUGGUCUUGGGGAAGUUGAAUCCAGGGGCCAAUGCAUCUUGAGGCUGAAUCUUGACAAUCCGGCGAUGCUGCCAUUCUGGGCAAGCGAUGCAAAGCUUUAUCACAUCCGUGAACAAGCCCUUGCCACAUCCGCGAAUCUAGGGUCAGCCGGAGGGUCGAAUAUACCUGUCGCGGAAGGACUAAAGCAUCUGUCAAAUAAAGAAGAGGCGAUUGACCUGGUGGCAGAUGAGCUUGGUAACAAGCUGGCUGCCAUUUUGAUGUUGGCACCGGAAGACAUGGCAACGCAAAAGACGUACAUGUCAAUCACGGCAUUUGGACUGGACUCAUUGAUCGCCAUGGAGCUGCGAAACUGGAUUGGAAACGAACUUCAAGCACAUUUACAGGUAUUGGAAUUGCCGACAAGGGGUAAACGUACGAAAUUGGCAGCAUUGGUUUUGAAGAAGACGCGAUUUGCUACACCCUUGGGAUAA